AUGGACUUAUACCUGCCGCCCAGGUCUGAAGCGCCGGUACCUGUGAUCAUCAAUAUUCAUGGUGGUGGCUGGAACCACGGCACCAAGGAGUCACAGACGGGUUUUGCCAACUUUUUUAAGAAAGGAAUGGCGGUGGCCAAUGUAGAAUAUCGCCUGACAGACGCGGCCCUGGCUCCUGCAGCCAUUGAAGACUGCCGUUGUGCGCUGAUCUACCUGGUUAAAAAUGCAAAGGAGCUGAACAUUGAUCCUGAACGUAUCGUCGUGAUGGGCAGUUCGGCAGGCGGUCACCUGGCAUUGCUGACGGGAUUGCUGGGUAACGACAGCCGGUUUGACAAGAAUUGUCCUGGUGUAAAGAAUGUAAAAGUGGCUGCGAUCAUUGAUAAGUUUGGCCUGGCGGAUGCGCAGUUUGCAGUAGAUGGCGGCAACGAUACCAAGAAGGAUAAAUCGUUUAUCCGUUGGCUAGGAGCUGGUGCCACAGAUGCUAAAGUGGUUGCUUCCGUAUCCCCUAUUACUUAUGUAAAUAAGAAGAACCCACCGGUAUUUAUCGUACAUGGCGAUGCCGAUCCGCGCAUCCCUUACCAACAAUCUGUAACCCUGCAUGAGCAGUUGGAGAAGGCAGGUGUUGCGCAUGAGUUUAUGACCGUGCCCGGCGGAUUGCAUGGCAAGUUCCCGGAAGAAAAAAGGCGUGAGCUGAGCAAGGCCAUCAUGGACUUUCUGGUGAAACAUAAAAUCAUCCGGUAG